UCGGCGGCGGCGGCUGCAGGGGGAGCCCGCGCUCCGCCGCCCGCGAGUCGGUCGCGUGGAGAGGAGGAGCCGGGCCGGCGACAGGGAGAGGCUGCGGGGAGAAGGAGCGGGGCGGCGGACUCGGGGCAGGGCAGAGGCGGGGGCCGCCGCGGCUCCGGAAGGGGGAAGAGGGGAGGCGCCGCGAGCACGGCCGAGGGAGGACGAUGCCCGGUACGGACCUUCUGAUGUUGAAGGCUUUUGAGCCCUACUUUGAGAUUUUGGAAGUGUAUUCUACAAAGGCCAAGAAUUAUGUAAAUGGACAUUGCACCAAGUAUGAGCCCUGGCAGCUGAUUGCCUGGAGUGUCCUCUGCACCCUGCUGAUAGUCUGGGUGUACGAUUUUGUCUUCCAGCCAGAGAGUUUAUGGUCUAGGUUUAAAAAGAGAUGUUUUAAGCUCAUCAGGAAGAUGCCUAUUAUUGGUCGCAAGAUCCAAGAUAAGGUGAACAAGACCAAGGAUGAUAUUAGCAAGAACAUGUCAUUCCUGAAAGUGGACAAAGAGUAUGUGAAAGCUCUGCCCUCUCAAGGUCUGAGUGCAUCUGCAGUUCUGGAGAAGCUCAAGGAAUACAGCUCUAUGGACAUCUUCUGGCAGGAGGGCAAAGCGUCUGGAGCAGUGUACAGCGGGGCGGAGGAGCUCACCGAACUCCUCGUGAAGGCUUAUGGAGAUUUUGCCUGGAGCAAUCCAUUGCACCCAGAUAUCUUCCCAGGACUGCGCAAGAUUGAGGCAGAGAUCGUGAGGAUAGCUUGUUCCCUGUUUAAUGGGGGGCCGGACUCCUGUGGGUGUGUGACCUCUGGGGGGACAGAAAGCAUACUGAUGGCCUGCAAAGCUUACCGGGACCUGGCUUUUGAGAAUGGGAUCAAAACUCCAGAAAUUGUGGCCCCCCAGAGUGCCCAUGCUGCAUUUGACAAAGCAGCCAAUUAUUUCGGGAUGAAGAUUAUACGGGUUCCACUGAACAAAAUGAUGGAGGUGGAUGUUCGGGCAAUGAGGAGAGCCAUCUCCAGGAACACGGCCAUGCUUGUCUGUUCUACCCCCCAGUUUCCUCAUGGUGUCAUAGAUCCCGUCCCUGAAGUGGCCAAGCUGGCUGUCCGAUAUAAAAUACCUCUUCAUGUAGAUGCUUGUCUGGGGGGCUUCCUCAUCGUCUUUAUGGAGAAAGCAGGAUACCCACUGGAGCAACCAUUUGAUUUCCGGGUGAAAGGUGUGACCAGCAUUUCAGCUGAUACCCACAAGUAUGGCUACGCCCCCAAAGGCUCUUCCGUGCUGUUAUACAGUGACAAGAAGUACAGGAGCCAUCAGUUCUUCGUGGCGACUGACUGGCAGGGCGGCAUCUACGCUUCCCCGACCAUCGCGGGCUCACGGCCCGGAGGCAUUAGCGCGGCCUGUUGGGCUGCCUUGAUGCACUUCGGUGAGAGCGGCUAUGUUGAAGCCACCAAACAGAUCAUCAAAACUACUCGCUUCCUCAAGUCAGAACUGGAAACUAUCAAAGGCAUCUUUGUUUUUGGGAAUCCUCAGUUGUCAGUAAUUGCUCUGGGCUCCCGAGACUUUGACAUCUACCGACUGUUCAACCUGAUGACGGCUAAGGGGUGGAACUUGAACCAGCUGCAGUUCCCGCCCAGUAUUCAUUUCUGCAUCACGCUGGUGCACACCCGGAAGCGAGUAGCCAUACAGUUCUUAAAGGACAUCCGGGAGUCGGUCACUCAAAUCAUGAAGAAUCCGAAAGCAAAGACCACAGGAAUGGGUGCGAUCUAUGGCAUGGCCCAGACGACAGUUGACAGGAACCUGGUCGCAGAAUUGUCCUCGGUCUUCUUGGACAGCCUCUUCAGCACGGACACUGUGACUCCAAGCAGCCAGAUGAAUGGUUCUCCGAAACCCCGCUGAGCCUGGAUACUCUGUGACCCUGAGGGGCUCCUGGCCUGCAGAGGUUCCUGGGGUGUGGGACAGGCCACACACAGGUUCAGCAUUUGGUCUUGCUCCGUAGAGCACGACAAGACAGACCAUGAGACGGCUUGAUCCUCAGGAUUCUUGUUCCUCCUCUCAUCCUUUGUGGUUUUUUAAUAUGGAGACCCCGAAGGAGUCCAAUACCUAAUUAUUUUUCCCUGUUCCCAGAUGUUACCCUAGGAAUUGUUUUAGCCAUUUCCUUUUCUAACCUUCUCGCUUUCAACUUGACUUAAUCUUUGUGUGGCAGCUGUGACCUGUCCUGAGUCCUUAGGGAGGCUGGAGUAUCGUUUUUGUGCUAAAGAAGGUUUUCUUUCUUCUCUCAGGCAGAUUGGUGAAGCUGAUUGGACAGGAAGCGUCCUUGUAACAGGGUGGGAGUUAGGUACCCUCUAAGCACAAGGCCUCCUCAGCCUCCUCUCUGAGUAGGUGAGUUGUCUCAUAGAGUCAUGUUUAGUGCAACUCAGUUUCUCUUUCUGAGACACGGAUGGAUAGGCCGCUGUUCCUGUUUUGCAGGAUUGGAAUGGCCAAGUAUAUGUAUGUGCUCGGUGUCUUAAGGCAGGCUUUGGUGCGGCCCUCUUUUGUGGUUCCCCCUUGGAUAUUUGGUUGCCACCGUCUUUGGAGAUUUGUGUGCGAAAUUGUCCUCACAUUGGUGUGCUGUUCCCCUGGAUCAGGAAGGGAACGUGGUUUCCAGAGAGCGCAGGACCUUUGGGCCCUGGUCCCGCUCUGUGUCGGCCGUGUUUAGAGCACACCAGGGCCCUGUCCUAGGCUGCUGCUGACCAGAAACCAGAGCCUUUACUAAAGUUCUCCGAGUGUCACAUUCAAAUAGAUGUCUCCACCCCGGAGUGGUCCUCCGCUCCCGCACUGCCAUGAGCCAUCAUGCAUGAGAAUAGGUCUGCUUGAAGGAACCGCUCAGAGCACCUUCACAAGUUGCCUUGACUUACCUGAGGUGGGUGCGAGGAGGGUGUGAGAGAGCCUUCCAGGCCAGGAACCUUCUCUCCCCAUUCGUGCAUCCCUCCUGCCUCUUUCCGUAUGUUCAGCUCCCAAAGGUACUGUGGCAGUUUACCCUCAGGUACUGGGCAGUUCUCAGCCCCGGCUAGCAUGAGACAAACUUUGGAAUAGGAAAGCACGAUGGCAACUGUCAGUGGGGCCUGGGCCUGGGAUUCCUCCAUCAGACUAGUUGCUCAGGGUGGUGCAGGGACGGACCAAUCCCUGCACCCACUCCCUCCCCUCUUUGCCCCUGUUCAGGGGCCUUGAUCUAGGUGGAGCCACUGUCUUCCCCUGAAGAUGACAUACUGUGUGCCUUUUCCCUCAGCAGUGAGCAGUGCUGGGCUCCUCCUGACCCAGGCCCCAGGGGAAAUGGGGCUGUCUGGAGAUUUUUAUUUGGGUGGGGGAGGCCUUUAGGGUAAGUCAGGAGAAAAUCUCCUGUGUUCCAUUCCCCUUCUCAGGGACUCCUGAACCAUUCAACCUCUUCAGACUGCUGGCCUCUGGCCUCCCUCACUGGGGAUGCUGCCGGGAGGGCCGAGAUGACCAGACUCCCCCAGGCUCCCUAGUGGGUUUGUCUGAAGUGGUCUUUAGCACUGUACUUCCUCCACAAUAACUGUGAGUCGCUGGCCGGGUCACUGCAGGGCUGAUGUGUGUGUGUGUGUGUGUUUGUGUGUGUGUGUGUGCCUCCUGGGGUGGUCGGUUCCAGGAAGGGGUGUGUGUGUGUGUGUGUGUGUGUGUGUGUGUGAGUGUGUGUGUGUGUGUCUAAGAUCCUUUGGACACGGGAGCUAUGCUCCUUCCAGUCAUUCAACUGGUGGGCACCUCCCGAGAGAGGAGCUGUGGCCAGAGCCGUGUGUGAAUGCCCUUGGGUCUCCAGCACAUUGAUGGUGUUGGAGGAAGACCAGGGAUCCAGAACCACCCAGCAGGCCCCACUGUGGCUUGCUGGCUGCUAAAGUGGAGAAGCAGGUGCCCCCUAGAACGUGCUGUUGCUUCCAGUGUCUGCAGACCCUUCCUCUGCUGUGACAGCACUGCUGGCCCCGGGGACAGUGGUGUUUUUCAAAGGGACCUACUGUAGCCACUUUGAUCACAAGCCUUAGUUUGACUCAACACUUGUGGGCUUUCCACUCUAUGUGUAUCUGUGCAUAGGAACACCUAGUCUGGCAGAGGCAGGCCGAAUGUCUCCACGAGGUCAUAUGCUAGCAGAUGUCGCAUUGGCCUCUGCAGAAGCUGUACUGUCUGGUUUCUAUGUUGAGUAAGUAGUUGUGACUGUACUGCCUUGUCACUUUUAAUAUUACCAGUUUUAUACUUGGAAAUGGUACUUGCCUCUUUUAAAUCUUUUCUGUAUUUAACCUCCUUCUUCCCAGCUCAGUGCUCCCUUCCUAAUUGCAGCAAUAAUAUCUUAAAAAAGCAAUUCAGUAAUUAAACGACUGAAAUCUUAACUGAC